CAUAAACAAUCAGCCAUCAUGCACAGCAAAGAACAGAUCAGUCACGAUGAAUACCAGAAGUCAGCUGAUUGGCUGAUGUCUCACACCAAGCACCGUCCCCAGGUGGCCAUCAUCUGCGGUUCCGGCUUGGGGAUGCUUGCUGACGCUCUUAAGUGUCAGGACUCCUUCGCUUAUGCUAAUAUCCCGGGCUUCCCGCAGAGUACAGUUCAAGGUCACGCGGGUCGGCUGGUUUUCGGGGAGCUGAAGGGAAAGACAUGCGUGUGCAUGCAAGGUCGCUUCCAUAUGUAUGAAGGACAUUCGCUAUGCAAGACGACCUUUCCCGUGCGAGUCUUCAAGCUGCUGGGCGUGGAGACAUUGAUCGUAACGAACGCAGCCGGCUCAUUGGCUGACGGCUUGCGGCCCGGUGACAUCAUGGUCAUCAAGGAUCAUGUCAACUUCCCCGGACUGGUGGGCCUGAACCCGCUUUGCGGACCCAACGAUGACAAAUUCGGGCCACGCUUCCCGGCCAUGUCGGGAUGCUACGACAAAGGACUACGUUUCCUGGCGAGGGAGAUCGCAAAGGAGAUGGGCGUGGCCGGUCUCAUGCAGGAAGGCGUGUACGCUAUGGUGGGCGGACCUAAUUUUGAAUCCAUUGCAGAGGCCAGACUAUUGCACCGACUGGGCGUAGAUGCUGUAGGCAUGAGUACAGCUCCCGAGGUCGUCAUAGCGACUCACUGCGGACUGAGAGUCUUUGGCCUCUCCCUCAUCACCAACAAGGUGGUGAAGAGCUACGAGGACACGGAAAGCGUGGACCACCAGGGUGUCCUGGAGGUGGGCCGGCUGCGUUCACAUACGCUGCAGCAAUUUGUGACUGAGUUUAUUUCCAGGAUGGAGAUCAACAACAACAGCAGGAAUACUCUUUGAGAUUUGAGAAGAGUUUUCUUUUUUUUGUAUAGAUGAAGUAUUUUAUUGCUAACUUAGUUUUUAUUUUUUAAAGCAACCUCUGUAAUUUAAUAUUUAAUUUUGUUGAACUGAAAAAUGAUUUAUGUAAUAUGACGGAGAUGCUGAAUUAGACUAUAGGAAUUAAUCCGUAGUGUAUUGUUAUUGUAAACACAAAUAUGUAUUAGAUUAUAAGAUUUGUGGUUUGAUACAA